AUGAACGCCCUCUCUCAGACCUCAUGGCGGGCGCUUCGAGCUAGCACGUUAUCGUCAACUUCGCAAUGGGCAUGCGCAUCGUGCCGCCGUGCUCUUAUCCGACCGUCUCCUCGCCGGAACGUAGCGAAUUCCUCCGCGAAGAAACAGCAGAUUACUCCUACUACCCCCGGCGCCGGAAUGCCGUCGAUGGAACGCGUGCGCGAGUAUUACAGAUUUAAGAAUCGCACGACUAUGUAUUAUACGCUUAGCAUCAUACUCGGUACCGUUGCGUUUUCGUAUGGCUCCGUGCCGAUGUAUAAGAUGAUCUGCCAGACAACCGGCUGGGGCGGCCAGCCCAUCCGCGCGCCCGGUCACGGCCCCUCGAGCGACGACGCAGACUUCGACCCGGCAUCGCGACUGAUCCCCGUAACGGACGCGCGGCGCAUCCGAGUCACGUUCAACGCGUCGGUAUCCGACGUCCUGCCGUGGAAAUUCGUGCCCCAGCAGCGGGAGGUGCGCGUAUUACCCGGAGAGACGGCGCUGGCGUUCUACACGGCGACGAACCGCAGCGACAGCGAUAUCAUCGGCGUGGCGACGUACAGCGUCACGCCCGCGCAGGUCGCGCCGUACUUCAGCAAGAUCCAGUGCUUCUGCUUCGAGGAGCAGCGGCUGAACGCGGGGGAGACGGUUGAUAUGCCCGUCUUCUUCUACCUGGACCCGGAUAUGCUGAAUGAUUUAAAUAUGCGCGGGAUCAACGAGGUUACGCUGAAUUAUACGUUUUUCAAGGCGAAAUAUGAUAAUAAUGGGAACUUUAAGUCGUUCCCGACGACGUAG